AUCACGUGUUAUCUAGGCUACUACGAUUCGUUGGGGUUGGAGAAAAGUUUGACAGCGUCGAGGGAAACACGACGAAGUUGCAACAAAGCCAGGAAACGAGCAAACAUUAUCGAUCUUUAUCGAUGGAUUCUCUCACUCAGAAAGUGUUGACUUCGGGUUUCAGUCUUGACUUGGGACCCCUGAAAGAGCCUUUGGCAUUUAUGCGUUUGCUAGAAUGGCUGUUCUCCAUAUUUGCCUUUGCUACGACUGGAGGUUACAUCGGCACAAGCAGUUUCAAUGUCCAGUGCAGUGGGAAUGCCAGUGAAGAAAUACACACGCACUUUAACUACCCAUUCAGAUUGAUGGAGCAUCCAUAUAAUGUUCCUGACUGUAUUGCCAAUCAGACUACUACCACUGCUUACUACCUGACUGGAGACCACGCGUCAUCGGCACAGUUUUACGUCUGUAUUGGAGUGCUGGCCUUCCUCUACAGCACUGCCACCCUAGUCCUCUACUUGGGCUACGACCACUUGUAUAAAGGGACUAGUCGUGCCCCCACUGGUAUGUUUGUCUGGAUGAUCAGUAUUUCNGCUUGGGCUAAAGGUUUGUCUGAUGUGAAACAGGCCACCGGUCCUUUAACCAUUAUAAAUUCUCUUAAGGUGUGCCAGAAUGCCAAAAACAAGUGCACCUCAGGUGCUGUUCCUCACAUGGGCCGACUGAAUGCCUCAGUGAUUUUUGGUUUUCUUAACCUCAUCCUGUGGGGUGGCAACUGCUGGUUCAUUUACAAGGAAACGCCUUUCCACAAAUCAGCUACCCAGCCUGCAAAUGUGGAAGAAGGAGUUAGACCAUCAUAACUGUACAGCGUGCUCAUCUCAAAAUUAUCUAACAUGUAGUGUUAUGGAGUGAGUGAUUUUGGUACUAAUUGUUAAAAGUAAAUGCUGUAGAAUACAAAGCAUACAUUUCUAAAACUGCUCCUUUUUACAGCGUAACAAUUUUAUAUUUAGGGCUGUAUUAUAUUAGAUACAAUACAGAAGAUACUAAAUCCUGAGUGGGUCAGACUAAAACAGCCACAGUCAAAAAUGUUGUUCUCAUGAAUGCUAAGUUUGCAUGUUUUAUUUAUACACAAGAAGUGCUUGUAAUCUCAAAUGAUCCUGCAGAUGUACGCCUUGAUGAUAAAUUAUAAUGCAGCAUCAUGUCACCCUGUUAACCGCCAACGGUAUUUUUGUACCAUGAAUCAUUUUUGCCAUCUGCAAUGUCUUAAAAAAAAAACUCAGGGCUUUUGAUGGAAGAAUUACAAAAUACCUAAUGAAUAUAAAAUACUUGAAGUGUAUUUCUUGUUAACAUAAGUCUAGAUUGGAGACAAAAUAAGAAUUCAUCCCAAUCGGUAUCAAAAAGUGAGUGUGUUGCAAAGAAUUGUUAAAUUGUAGUUUAUUUGGAAAAAAAAUAAUUCAGUUGGCAGUGUGGGAUUUAUAAUUGAAAAACUUUUGUGUUAUGCCUUGUCACCUCAGUGUGUUAGGAUCAUCUCACUAUAUAAGGCUCAUCUCACCGUUUUAAGUUUAACAGCUAAAUAUUAUGUUCAGUUUGUUGCAUGUAUGUUCAGAGCAUGUUAGUUCUUUGACUUUUGCAUUUAAAACAUUACAUUUAUUAGUUAGAACUUAUCUGAGGGAUGAUUUUUAUUUUUGUCCUGCAUAUUAAUAAUAUUGAAGUGAAAAAAUGUCUGAGAAAAUACCCCAGGAAGUUCCUACAGUAUUUGAAUGAUCAUUAUGCUAUGAAUUAUACUACCUUAACUAUAGUCAAUUCAUUUUUUUUCUAUAAACAAUUGGUGAUCCCUAACAUGUUACAUCUAACUGUAGAUGUUUUUAUGUUGCUUUUGCCUGACCUCAACCUCCACUGUGUCAUGAAAGAGGAUAGGCUGUUUUUCUCUCUUACUGCUGUUACGCUUUCCUUUUUUGACUUAUAGCCUUGCUUGAUUCAGUUUCUAGAUUAAACCACCACUGUGCUGAUAAACGGUCAUGUACUCUGGAUGAAACUGAAGUUCUUGUUACAGUCCAAAAAGGUACUGUUUGGACAUGAAAUACUGUGCAUCAUUAAAAGGAAGAACUAC